CCGCAGGGCUCCUGCUCCUGAAAGGCAGCUCAACAAAAAAGUGUGCUCUGAGACAGAGUGAGCGCCUCGGCAGGGCUGCACGACAAAAACAGAGAGGGGGAGAGAGAGAGAGAGAGAGUCAGGGACGGCGCUAGAAAAGGAGAGCACAAAGAGGAGGAAAGUGAAGCAAGGGAGGGGAUUUGAAAGCUCGGGUGAAGGGGAAGAGAGGGAGAGGGAAAGACAAAAGAAAGAGAGGGAGACGUAGUAGGAGCAGGGGGAAGCGAGGGGACGGCGCAAAUGGCUACGGAGGAGACGGCGGGGGGAGCGCGCAAAGCCACCAAGAGCAAACUGUUUGAGUUCCUGGUCCAUGGAGUGCGUCCUGGAAUGCCCUCUGGAGCUAGGAUGCCCCACCAGGGUGCCCCAAUGGGCCCCCCCGGCCCCCCGUACAGUGGGAGCCCUACGGUGCGGCCCGGCCUGCCCACCCCGGUCAUGGAGCCCAGCCGCAAGAGACCUGCCCCCUCCCAGCAGAACCAGCAGCAGCAAAACAUACAGAACCGGGCCAGAAAGAAGCCAGUGGGAUUCCCUGGAGCCAAUGAGAUGCCAGUGAGGCAGAUGGACAUGAGAGAUGCCCAAUCAGAUCCAACGCUCGGAUCAAACGCCAAGAGAAGGAAAAUGGCAGACAAGAUUCUUCCACAGAGGAUCCGUGAGCUGGUCCCUGAGUCCCAGGCUUACAUGGACCUGCUGGCCUUCGAACGUAAACUGGAUCAGACCAUCAUGCGUAAACGGGUGGACAUCCAGGAAGCCCUGAAGAGACCCAUGAAGCAAAAGCGUAAACUGAGGCUGUACAUCUCCAACACCUUCAACCCUGCCAAGCCCGACGCUGACGACUCGGAUGGCAGUAUUGCAUCAUGGGAGCUGCGGGUUGAGGGGAAGCUGCUGGAUGAUCCUGGGAAGCUGAAGAGGAAAUUCUCCUCCUUCUUCAAGAGCCUGGUGAUUGAGCUGGACAAAGACCUAUACGGUCCUGACAACCACCUGGUAGAGCAGCUGACCAGUAAAGCGAAGCUACUCAGCCUUCCAAAAGACAACAUACUCAAAGGGUCGAGAGCAAGGCUGCUCGUUGAAAGUUGGCACCGCACUCCCACCACCCAGGAGACCGACGGCUUCCAGGUGAAGCGGCCAGGGGACGUGAGCGUGCGCUGCACACUGCUGCUAAUGCUGGACUACCAGCCCCCCCAGUUUAAGCUGGACCCUCGUCUGGCUCGGUUGCUGGGUAUCCACACCCAGACCCGCUCCUGUAUCAUCCAGGCCCUGUGGCAGUAUGUCAAGACCAACAAGCUGCAGGACUCCCAUGACAAGGAGUACAUCAACUGUGACAAGUACUUUCAGCAGAUCUUUGACUGCCCGCGGCUCAAGUUCUCUGAGAUCCCCCAGCGUCUCACCAACCUCCUCCUGCCCCCUGACCCCAUCGUCAUCAACCACGUCAUCAGUGUGGACCCUAACGACCAGAAGAAGACGGCAUGCUAUGACAUUGACGUGGAGGUGGAGGACCCCCUGAAGAGCCAGAUGAGCAGCUUCCUGCUCUCCACCGCCAACCAGCAGGAGAUCGCCUCACUGGACAACAAGGUGGGACAACCACACAGGAAGGAUAGCCAAUCACAAUUACCCAAGAUGACCUUAAAGAUCCAUGAGACCAUUGAGUCCAUCAACCAGUUGAAGAUCCAGAGGGACUUUAUGCUCAGCUUCUCCAGGGAUCCUAAGGGCUAUAUCCAGGACUGGCUCAAGUCCCAGAGCAGAGACCUGAAGCUGAUGACAGACGUGGUGGGAAACCCAGAGGAGGAGAGGAGGGCAGAGUUUUACCACGAGCCCUGGUCCCAGGAGGCCGUCAGUCGCUACUUCUACUGCAAAAUCCAGCAGAGGAGACAGGAGCUGGAGCAGGCCUUGGCCGUGAGGAACACCUAAACGCCCUGUCUCGGACGUCACGCUGCACUCUUCAUCUGACCCCAGACCUGUGCGUGUGUGUGUGUGUUUUUUAUUUUCUUUCUUAAAAUCGCUGUAGUACUGUGACCUUUGGCCUCUGACCCAUCCCCAAUCGCAUGUAUCUAAAAAACCUUAAUCUCUUCAUCUCUGAUGGACAUAAACGGACAUCUCUCCACACUCCUGGGACCCCAGGUCCACAGUUGGUUGCUUUUAAUGUCAUCCACUUAGAACACGCUAGCAUGUCACUGUCUUUCCAUAGAGACUACAAGUCAUUGUAAACAGCUGCCUGCAGAAUGAUCACUGUGUUUUGGAGCCUUCUCAUCUCAACCAGAUGGACUGAAUCCAUCAGUACUAUACAUACCUGGGCGGCAGGUGGCUUAGUGGGUAAGAGCGUUGUGCCAGUAACCGAAAGGUCGCUGGUUCUAAUCCCCGAGCUGAC